GCAGUCCAACUUCAUGAUCCUGUGACUUACCGGCCAUUUACGCUGGCUGAGGCCGAGGCCUAUGCCGCAGAGCAUGAGUUUACAUUUCUGGGACAAGUGGGGCUGUUGGAUGGAUAUUACCUGUUUGAAGUGGACAUUUGCACGUCAACGGAAAAAGAACAUGAUCAGUGUGGGAAGGGAAAGCUACAAAAGAGAAUGCCAGACGAGGUGCAUGGACUACUGAUUGAAUCAGAGCAUGUAAAGUGGUUUGAGAUGCAAACGCCAAAAAAGCGAUACAAACGAGAAUUGGAUUUUCAAAAGUUCAAGGACCCCCGCUUCCCUGAGCAGUGGCAUUUGUAUAAUGAUGGUGUAAACGGCGUGUAUCAAAACAACGACAUUAAUGUCAUGCCGGUAUGGGUUCGAGGAAUCAACGGAAGUGGUGUGACGGUAUCUGUUAUUGAUGAUGGCGUACAGUAUAUGCACCCAGACUUGGCAGAGAACUGGAACGAAGCGGUCAGCUACGAUUUCAAUGAACGUACAAAUACUCCUCUUCCCCAGGCACCAGAAGACGUCCAUGGCACGCGGUGUGCUGGCGAGAUUGCGGCUGUGGCCAACAAUGUGUGUGGAGUUGGCGUCGCAUAUGGAGCAACUUUAGCAGGGGAGCGCUUAAUCGCAAACACAACCACCGAUGCCGUUGAAGCUCAAGCACUCAAUCACCAAUUUCAGAUCAUUGACAUUUAUUCUUCCUCAUGGGGACCUAACGACGAUGGGAUGGCGUUGGAUGGGCCAGGAUAUCUAGCACAAGCAGCACUGGCAGCGGGAGUCCGCAAGGGCCGACGAGGCUUCGGCAACAUAUAUGUUUUUGCUUCCGGAAAUGGUGGCCUCGAAGGUGACAAUUGCAACUUUGAUAGCUACGCAAAUGCUAUCGAAACAGUAGCCAUCGGAGCCGUGACAAAUAAGGGAACAAUGCCGUUCUACGGCGAACUUUGCAGUGCCCAUUUGGCUGUUUCAUACAGUGGGGGGAAUGGACUGGGUAUUGUCACGACUGAUGUUAAACAAUGCACUGCCAGUCAUUCUGGAACAUCCGCGGCGGCUCCUCUGGCCUCCGGGAUGAUUGCAUUAAUGCUCUCCGUGAGGCCCGACCUUGGCUGGCGUGAUAUCCAGCAUCUCAUUGUGACAACUGCCAAGAAGAAUGACCCGACGGAUGCUGACUGGCACACUAACGGAGCAGGGCGUCAUGUCAGUCAUAAAUAUGGCUUUGGAGUAAUGGAUGCAACUCUGCUGGUGGAGGCCGCCGAAAAACAUACGCUUCUUCCAUCUCCGGCAAUAACACUUACCAAACACAGCUACAAGCACAUACGACUCCUCGCCGGGACUCAGGAGACGGAUACGAUUGAUGUGCUCGCGCAGGACGUUGCAGGGAUGGCAGCCAUAGAGCAUGUGCAAGUGACCGUUCGCAUCAGACAUCCUGACAGAAAAUUCCUGACAAUCAAGCUGGUGAGCCCGCAGCUCACCGAGAGCAUCCUGGCUGCUCCUCGCUUCAAAGAUGAUUCCGAUCAGGGGUACAAUCCAUGGACUUUUAUGACUGUUCAUUCCUGGGGAGAAAAGGCUCUGGGCACCUGGAAACUGUUGAUUGAGGACGUUCGAAUGGGUGAGAUAGAUCCGUACACUGGGGCUCCCUUUUCAACCGGCGAUUUGCUGGACUGGUCUCUCACCAUUCAUGGAACAUGUGGGGAGGAGGACGUUCUAAUCGAUCCCGAUCAAAUACAAGCCAAUGGGCGAACGUGCUCCCACACCGUAGCAGAAGCACGACGCCAGAAGCGAACGGUCAUAGUAGGAGCACUGCUAAUAACCUCCGCGAUAAUUCUCAUGGCUGCCGGCUAUGUCUUUUACAAGAGGGUAUAUGCCAAAAACGACCAGGCAUGGAGGCAGCUGACGAUAAAUACGUCCUUUGAUAGCCAUGGUGACGUCGAAAGCCCGUCCGGAAAGGAGUUCUUCAAGUACCCCAAAUCACCGAUUGAUAUAGAAAGUCCACAUCCUGGAAAUGACACCCGGAGCCUUAAGCAGCCCAGCAGUUCCGGGUUCAAACGCUCUGUUUCCCUCGAGCUGCUGGCGGUUAGAAGUGUACGUGUAGGCGAGGGUGAACUAUCACCCCAAGUCGCAGUUAACGUCAAUAGUAGCGACGACUCAGAAAGUGACAGCGACAAUGAUUCAGAUACGAGUCAUCUUACGGGGAGCGAAAGGGCCAGUAGAGUGGGGAGACGUAUAGAAAACCUUCGAAAUGAGUUUAUAAAGCGAGGCACGUCACCUCUAACCAAGGCGCACAGCACCAGCAGCCUAAAUAUUGGCUCACAAGGAAGCCCAUCCAUACCGAGCCGUAACAUCUCAAAGACACCUCCACCGAAUCUCGAAAUAUCCAGUCCCAGGCCGCUGAGUAGGAGCAGCAGCACCGCAAGCCUUCUGAAACGCAGCGCCAGCCAAGAGCAGCUGAAAAAGUUCACUGACUGAUGUGCCGACCACAGCGACAUAAGAAAUGUAUCUUAAUAUUAUAAUAGUUUACGUAUUUAAGGGGACUAUCGUGCCCCCAUCAGAAGAGGAUAACUAGGUCACUGGGAAUGCUUUCUGUCAUAUCAAAACGUCAAUGCCGUUCCUG